UGGUGCGAACUUUACUUCACGUGGACAUACUUCAUUUGAAAAAGUAGUGUUUUUCUUUAAAAUUCCUAACCUUAUAUCUACGUAAUUACGUGGAUUUGGUGCGAAUAGACACAGCGUAAAAUUUAAAAAAAAGAGGAAAAACGUAUUUUAAUUCUCAAUACAAUGAGGAUUGAGGCUUGUUAUUUUUGUUCAUCCAGAAUAUAUCCUGGACACGGUAUACAGUUUGUCAGGAACGAUUGCAAGAUAUUCAAAUUUUGUCGGUCAAAAUGCCAUGCAGCAUUCAAAAAGAAGAAGAACCCAAGGAAAGUUAAAUGGACAAAAGCUUACAGAAAAACAGUUGGCAAAGACUUGGCUGUUGAUCCCACCUUUGAAUUUGAAAAGAGGAGAAAUGUUCCACUCAAAUAUAACAGAGAGUUAUGGUCCAAAACUAUUGAAGCUAUGAAGAAGGUUGAGGGUAUAAGGCAGAAGAGAGCAAACACACAUAUUAUGCAAAGAUUGAUGAAAGGACGAGAGUUGGAUAAGGAGAAGGACAUGAAGGAAGUACACAGAGAUCUAUCUUUAAUACAAUCAGCUGCUGUUAAUCUCAAGAAGAAAAAGAAACAAGAAGAAGAGGAGGAAGAAAAGAUGGAACUCAACGAGGUUGCAAUGGAAGCUGUCGAAGAGAAUUCAGAUUAAUUUUAACAAUGUUUAAUGCUAAUGCAAGCUCAACAAGACUCAUU